UAAAGUGAAAUAUUGUUUCAGAACUAUCUGUAGCAUAUAUUGAAGAUGAGUAAGGUAGAGAUGACCCCCGAGGAGAUGGAGGCGAGGGAGCAGGAGGAGUUUAACACGGGACCACUUCGUGUUCUCACAGACAGUGUAAAGAACAACACUCAGGUUUUGAUCAACUGUAGAAACAACAAGAAGCUGUUGGGCCGAGUGAAGGCUUUUGACAGGCAUUGCAACAUGGUUCUAGAACAGGUUAAAGAGAUGUGGACUGAGAUGCCAAAGACCGGAAAGGGACAGAAGAAGGGUAAACCCGUGAACAAGGACAGGUUUAUCGCCAAGAUGUUCCUGCGCGGAGACUCCGUUAUCCUUGUUCUUAAGAACCCCCUCGCAGCCGCAGCACCAUAAAUCUCUCUCUUUAGCUCAAAUCAAUCCAUGACAGAACUCGCCGCAGAUCAUGAUUCUACGGAACUCUCUGUUUGUGAGAUGUGUGAAAGUUACCAUAAUAUUGUAUUCUCAAUAUAAAAGCAUUUUUAGUGUCUUUUUUUUCUGAACUGUAUUUUUGUGCUAUAUAACUGUAAAUGGUUUACUUUUUGAAAAUGCUCAAAUAUCACUGCCGUUCAUUUUUUUUUAAAUUUGUUUUUUCAGAAA